AUGGGUUCUGUUUAAUGUGGUAGUUGCCCUAAUCCUUUCAACUGCAAAAAAGACGCCAAUGGCGAUUAUAGCUCUCAAAUUGAUUUUCAAAAUAUCCCAGAAUCUGUUAAAUUUUCAUCCUCAACAAAUAUUAACAGAAUGAAUGCAGCUCACAAGAGGCAAAUGUCAUCUCAAAAUUAGAUGAAAUUGGGUAAUCCUAUACAAGGCCAUAAAAAGGAUAGUGAAUUGAUUUAAAGUGAUGACGCUAACAACAACUAAGGGUUAAGCAAUUAGAAGAAGAAGGAAUUUGUGAUGUAUAUGGGAGACAAGAAGGAAAACUUCGGUAGCAAUGGAAAGGUCUUGGAGAGAAACAGCAUCUAGAAUGUUGAAAUUAAAAUCAUUCCCUUCAAUACACCAGAUUAGAAAAAGACAAGCAAAAUCAUACUUGCCAAUGAACCUCUCCAAAUUGAGAGAAUAAAUACCAACGGGCCUAUGAACUAGAUUAGACAAAUCAACAGUGCUGAUUAUGGAGACGACAAAGUCGAAUUCUAAAAUUAGGAGCAUUAGAAUCUUGGCAGGAAAACUAUAAAUCCUGUUGAGUUAAGAGAUAGAAAACAGGAAAUGAGACUGUAAUUUAAAUAGCAAACUCUGCAUAAGCACAAAGACUCAGAACAGCUACUCUAAGUCAUCAGAAAGAUGUUCAUUGUGGGUGACGAGUCUAGGAUAAAUCCUUCUGAUGUAUAUGAAAAUUCUAAUCCUGGCGUUGGAUGCGGAGAUCUAACAAUAGGAAGAUCUCAGUCCAUUCUUGCUGAUACUGUCUUGGACAGAAACAGAUUUCUAAUAGACAACUUCGAAGUUCUUGAAUUUUUGAGUGUAGGAUCUUUAUCUCAUUCUAUCAAACUAAGAGGCAAAACCUCAGGAGCGCUUUACCUGCUGAAGGUAAUUAGAAAGUUGAAGUACGGGAAAUAACAGAAAAAGGCACAUGCUUACUUCCUCAAGUACAAGGCAGUUGUAAGUUAAUUUUUUGUCUUUACAAAGCCUGGAGUAGGAAUUUCGAACUUCAACUUUCUUGCAAGCUAGCAAGCAUAAACUUGCUCCAAAUUUUCUCAAAUGAUCAAAUUUACUAAUUUUGGCAACCUCCUGAAUUUCAGGCCUGACAGAUUCCAUAAAAGAUAGUACUACUUUGCAGAAUACUUAUCCCCUGAGUAGAUUGAAAUGACUCCAGACCAAUCUAUGAUGCAGGCAGGUGAAUUGUGGAAUAUUGGGGUGAUUCUCUAUGUCCUAUAUCAGGGUGAAUACCCUUUUAAUGGUUUUUCAGAUGAGGAUGUUAUAACUGAAAUCAUAUAUAAACCCAAUAUAUGGAAGCCUCAAUGGAAAGAUGGAAUAGGUCAGCAUGCUAAGGAUUUCAUAUUACUAUUGCUGGACUCGAAUCCAUACAAAAAGGACAAAGGAGUCAUAUUGAAUGAUCCUUACAUAUUAUAACAUUAAACCCCCUCAGAAAUCGUCAGUUCCAAUAGAGUACUAAGUAAAAACAUUUAGGCUAUUUAUGAAAUUCAUGCUAAAGAAUUCUUCAUUGAAGCUGUGAUCACAUAUCUAGGAGUAAAAAACUUUUUCAAAAAAUACUAGUCUAAAGUAAUGGAAAAUCUUCAUCAAUAUGAUUAAAAGAGAAGUACUUUAGUCAACUUAGAUUUACUUAACAAGGCUUUUAUGAGUUACUAUUCUGAUGAACACUCCUAUAAACUACAAUUCUAAGAAAUUUUGGAUUGCUAUUUACAAAACCAGAAAUGUUAAUACUAUCCUUAUAUGGAAGUAGAUGUUAAUAUUUUUUUCGAAACUGUAUAGCAGUUACAGCAAAAGAGAAUAGAUAAGAAGCUUUUGAAGGCAGUUAUUCUCAUGACUUAGUUACAAAGCUAAAUUGAAAUCAAAUAUGAAAGGAUAGAAUAGGAAAUUCAAAUUGAAGUGGCAAAAUACUAGGAAGGAAACAAAUAUCCUUAAUACUACAUUGAUAGGCAAUCUCUUAAAAUGUUUAUUUUCAAGAUAUUUACUCUUGAAGAUAGCAAAUGGGAAGCAUUAAUAAGCCAAGAAGACAGCAGUGAUAUAAGCAAAUUCGAUUUUUUGCAGAUCAGAGAGUUGCUUGAUAAAAUUUUCGCUGACCAGUUUUGA